UUGUUGUCUCCCAAUCAACGUUCCCUGGCAUCAUCGACUUCAUUCUCAAUUACCGAACUACUAACGCUACUCCAUACCCGGAGACCCCACAUCAUGGACCCUUAAAGCAUCUGUCUCAAACGUCAUGCAUAGUUGGACGUAUGUACCGAGGAAAGAGAGAAACCACAUAAAAGCCAUCCAACCUGUCCAAUACUGUCUUUCAAUUAUCAACCUCUGAACACCUCACUCCUAGAGCAUAUAGAGUCGACCCUCGAAGGCCUCGAAAAAGGAUCUAAUCAGCAACCAUGUCUAUCUUCGGCGAAAUUCGCAAGCCAAAGUCUCUCCUCGAGUUCUCACGCGUACUGGCGCCGGUCGCUGGUGUUCGCGUUUCCCCAUUAUGCCUCGGGGCAAUGAACUUUGGUGAUGCUUGGGAGAGCGUCAUGGGCAAGUGUGAUAAGGAAACCACAUUCGGAAUUCUCGAUUACUUCGUGGAACAAGGCGGCAAUUUCAUCGAUACAGCCAACAACUACCAAUCAGAAGAAUCCGAGACAUGGAUUGGCGAAUGGUUCGCCUCCCGCCAGAACCGCGACCAAAUCGUGCUGGCAACAAAGUACACCAUCUGCUACCCGGACCCUCGUAAACCCAUGGGCACCAAGAUCAACCAUGCCGGAAAUGCUACCAAAUCUCUCAAUGUGUCCGUCGAGGCCAGCUUGAAGAAGCUCCAGACGGACUACAUAGACCUGCUCUACGUCCACUACUGGGACUUCACCACGAGCAUCCCCGAGCUGAUGCAGAGCCUCAACCAUCUCGUGCAAAGGGGCAAGGUCCUGUACUUGGGCGUCAGUGACACCCCCGCCUGGGUCGUCAGCAAAGCAAACGAAUACGCCCGCAACCACGGUCUCCGCGGCUUCUCCGUCUACCAAGGCCGCUGGUCCGCCGCAGACCGCGACUUCGAGCGCGAAAUCAUCCCGAUGGCGCGCGACGAAGGCAUGGCCCUCGCGCCGUGGGGCGCCCUCGGCGGCGGAAGCUUCACCACGGAAGCCAAACGGCAAGCCAACGAGAAGGGCCGCAACAUGCGGCCGCCGACCGAGAAGCAGAUACAAGUCUCCAAGAAGCUCGAGGCUGUGGCGGAGAAGCACGGCACGCAAAUCACGAGCGUGGCGCUCGCGUACAUCCGGCAUAAGUACCCGUAUGUUUUUCCUAUUGUUGGUGGGCGUAAGAUCGAGCAUUUGAAGGGGAAUAUUGAGGCGUUGGGGCUUAGGCUGUCGGAUGAGGAGGUUGAGGAUAUUGAUUCUGCGGCGGAUUUCGAGAUCGGGUUCCCAAUGAGCUUUUUGUAUGAGUUCUCCGGGAGUAAGUAUAAUUGGAAGAUGAAUAGUGAGGAUGUUGGGUUGUUGAAGUUUGCGGGACACUUGCAGACUGUGCCAAAUCAGUUCGGGGUGGAACCGAAGCAGUUGUAAGGGGGUUGGUGUAGUGAUGUGAUACCUCACUUACGUAUAUUCAGACGUCUCCCCGUAGACAUCGAGAUAUAGUAUGGUCAAGAAAUAC